AUGCAAUGCAAGAGAUGGUUCAAGGAAGGUGCAUCUUUUGGCGUUUCUCCUUUGCACGUCCCUCGAACCAAAUCACAAAUCAGAAUUCACAAUAAUGCUGAAACAGACAAGAUUGUACUAAGAUUCUGCGUCGUCACUCCAAUGUCUACUCGCAGAUCAUACGACUAUAUGGGAGAGAAGAAUUCUGGACAUUCACAACCAAGAAUUUACUGGGUUCCCAAGCCACAUGGGAUCGACCAUACUUGUAAAAAACAGAUGCAAAAGGCUGAUAGGCAGUAA